AUGGCUUCUCGCAUGUCCUUCCAGCCCGGGCGCUUCGUCGCUUCGGCCUCAAGACUUAAUCUUUUCACGUCCUCUUCUCUGGCUUCUCGAAGCGGCCGUUUCUAUUCUUCACAACCGCCAAAGCCCCGUCGUAAUGACGAGGUCAAGUUCUGGCCUUUCGUGGUCGUCAUUUUGGUGGGAACAGGAGGCUAUGUUGCCCUUGUCAAUCGACGCAAUGGACGGAUACACAACCCAGAUCCUCACAAAAAGUUCACGUCAUCAUUCUAA